AUUAUCGUGUAAGACGUAAGGGCCGCUAAUAAAAAUUCUACAACAUUAUGUAAAAACAUUGUUCAAUGUUCAAGAUUGAAUCUUAACAAAAAGAUGAUGCUAGCUCCGUGCUUGCAUAUUAGGUUUAGAGUGGAAUUGUUUACUCUUACCAUUAGGCAUUUAAGAAAACAAUCAUUUCCUACUAUUUCAUCUAACCGAAUUCAUAUUGGAAUAAAUCCAUAUUCAUCCUUCAACCGACGAGUUUUUUCGUCGGAAGUAAAGCCGGUUGAACACUGCAAUGUUGGAACAAUAGGACACGUCGAUCAUGGAAAAACAACUUUGACGGCCGCAAUCACGAAAGUACUAUCGAAAGAUGGUCGAGCAAAUUAUGUACCAUAUGAUCAAAUAGAUAGAGCACCUGAGGAAAAGGCUCGAGGAAUUACAAUCAAUGCGGCGCAUGUCGGUUACAGCACCGAAAAAAGGCAUUACGCUCAUACCGAUUGUCCAGGGCAUGCUGAUUAUGUGAAAAACAUGAUAUCUGGUGCUUCUCAAAUGGAUGGUGCGAUAUUAGUAGUUGCUGCUACGGAUGGACAGAUGCCUCAAACAAGAGAGCAUUUGCUACUGGCACGACAGGUUGGGAUAGAAAAAAUUGUAGUUUUUAUCAAUAAAGCCGAUCAGGUUGAUGACGAGGUAAUUGAGUUGGUUGAGAUAGAAUUACGAGAACUGUUAAGCGAUUUUGGGUUUGACGGCUCAGACAGCCCUGUGGUGAUCGGAUCUGCACUUCUUGCUUUGCAAGGAGAUCAAUCGGAACUGGGAGAGCCAUCGAUACAACGACUUUUGGAUACUAUUGAUAGAUAUUUCCCGAUUCCCACGAGAGAAUUUACAUCUCCUUUUCUGUUACCCAUUGACAAUUCGUUCACGGUACCUGGGAGAGGCACGGUUGUUGUGGGAACUCUCGCAAGAGGAUCUUUACGAAAGAACGAUGAAGCAGAACUGUUGGGAUUCGAUGAGCAGAUUAAAACGACCAUUGGAGGACUCCAAGUGUUUCAAAAAGAUGUUGGUCGUGCAAAGGCUGGUGACAACAUUGGUGUCUUGUUGAGAAAUGUUAAAAUUUCUACGGUACAACGAGGGAUGCUUUUAUGUGCAGCAGGAAGUGAAAGAAUUUCAAAUCAUUUUGAUGGUACAAUGUAUCUACUUGCCAAAAAUGAAGGAGGACGAUCGAAACCGCUUACUUCGAAAUACAUUCAACAAUUAUUCAGCAAAACGUGGAAUGUGCCUUGUCGUGUAGACCUCAUUGGUCAAGAAAUGCUGAUGCCAGGUGAUCAUGGAGCAAUCCGGUUAACUUUACUGCGUAAAAUGGUAAUGUCAUGUGGCCAAACAUUCACAAUUCGUGAAAAUGGUAAAACGGUAUCGACAGGAAUCGUGACGAAAAUGCACGACUCAGUAGAUCUACCACAGAAGAAACUAAUUAAACUGCAUUUGGAAGGGUUAUGAGCUAAGCGUUCAAUUUUUUUAUUA